CCCGGGCACAGCAAGCCGCACAAUCACACACGACCAUCCCUAAUAAGCCACGGGUCCACGCCAGACAGCAUUCAACCGCGGUGAACUGUUGUCCUACUCGCACUGCAGCGGGUGCGGGUGGUCCAAGAAUUGUCCGAAGUCUUGCUCUGUGGGCGCAUAACCAGAGCUGCCUCUCAGUUGAGCCGGUACACCAGGAUUGGAGGGGUGCAGCGCACCCAAGCAGCCCAAAACAGUGGGGGCUGGGCUUGUUCCGAUUGUUAGCGUGUUGGCUGCAUAGCUGAAGACUUCGUCUUUCUCCAGCACUUUGUUUCACUGGGGAUUACGUCCUAUCGGCUACGAAAUCGUCUAUUCGGUCAGCAGCAAAAAAACGGUCAAAUUGAUCGUUUUGGGGGGUUCGCACCAGAUGACCCGCGGCUUUCUCGGUUCCUGUGGGAGAUCUGUGCAUGGCAAAGAAGCGCCAGGAGGGGGGCUAGGCCUGUGCUUUGUCUGUGGACGUCCCGGCAGCCGCGACGGGUGCUCGAGCAGGUGAAAGCACGUUAGACAGGGGAAAAUUGGGCGGAGCUGGGCGAGUGGUUUGCCAUAGUCUAGUAGGGGAAGNAGACAGGGAAAAAUUGGGCGGAGCUGGGCGAGUGGUUUGCCAUAGUCUAGUAGGGGAAGAGUGGCCUCAUGAGCGCGACCUCUGUGGAGACCCUCUCAAGGUGCGAGCACUUCUGGAUUACGUGGAUGUAGAAGGCGGCGUGCUCGAUUGCUGUGGCGCCGGACAGGACGCAGUCAGCACGGUGCUGACAGCGCGCGGUCUUCGUGUUGCUACGAACGACUUAAGCCUCACGUAAGCGUAUGCGUGUCUUGCGGCCUCUUUCGAAGCCACCACGCGCCGGUGUACAUGCUGGCUUCCUAAACUCCGAGCCCCCCACGCUGGUGACAGGUCUACCGUUGUCUAAAAAAUCACACCACGGUUGAUUUAUUGUCUGCAUGAACG